CUGCCCACUUCAGCAUCGCCGUUAUCACUUCGGAUCCAGGGGUUUCCUUCCCACGGUACCAAGGGCUUUCCAAUCAUCCUCCACGCAGAGUAGAAGUCCAGUUCCCACGCAUCGUGGUGAUCCGCUGAGCCACGCAGCGACACGCAACUCCUCCGAGCCAAAAUCUACAGUAAUCAAAUCCAGCGCGACUUGAUGUGGUGGCAGGAACCAUGCGCAAUGACUGACUGCGCGCUCGGCUCCAGGCUCCGCGCAGAAAUCUAGUCCGCAUCAUUCCCUGAGAGCACCUCGAGAGAGAGGAGGCAGGGCUGGACUCAGAUUGCAGCUGUGCAACAUGACAGACACGGUGUUGAGCGGUGGCUCGGAUCGCUGGGUGUCCAACGACAGGCAGAGGAACAUGCACCCGAGCGAUAAAGAGCAGGGGAACUGGACCUUGCAGCCUGGUCCUGGUCCUGGUCCAGACCUGACAGAUGAAGAGAAGGAGAUUAUCAACAAUGUGAUAGCCCGUGCUGAGAAAAUGGAGGCCAUGGAGCAGGAGAGAAUCGGGCGCCUGAUAAACCGCCUGGACGAUAUUAAGAAGACGGUGUGUGGAGACGGAGUUUCCCGCUGUCUGCUGUGUGGGGAGCAGCUGGGCUCACCUGGGGUCAGCUCAGUGGUGUGUGAGGACUGCAAAAAGCACAUGUGCACUAAGUGUGGUACACAGUGUGGAAGUCGGCCUCGCGCCGUGUGGCUGUGCAAGAUCUGCAGAGAACAGCGAGAGGUGUGGAAGAGGUCCGGUGCCUGGUUCUUCAAAGGUUUUCCGAAGCACUUCCUGCCGUCACCCAUGCCCUUAUCUAAAGCAAAAGAGGCUGGCGCCCCGGAGGCAGCAGACUUGAAGAAACCGACAGCCUCUGAGCCCCGAGAGGCAGUGAACCAACCACAACAACCAGAGCCUCAGGGCCGCGCUGGUUACCCACCUGUGGCCCCCAAACCAGUUUUGCGCAUGGCUACAGGCGGGGUUGGCCCCGAGGAGGCCGGUCAGGGAGCAGUGGUGAUGAAGAAGAUGGUGCCCGUACAGAGCAGCAGACAACAGCCUGCUGCUUCGGCCACCAUGACCCAGCAGGGUCCUGUAGCAGGAGAUAAAGGUGCUUACGCAUCAGCUGCAGCUCCUCCAGAGCAGAGAGCACCUCCUGCAGUCAGAGAGGACAGGAGGCAGCACACCGCCUAUAGCGCUCCUCCCCCCCGACAGCAACCUCCCCCAGCUGAGGAGGAGGACGACGCCAACGACUAUGACUCUGAUGAAGCCACAACUCUGGGUUCCCUUGAGUUCAGUCUUCACUAUGAACAAGAAAGCAACAGCCUCCACUGUAGCAUCAUCAAAGCCAAGGGACUGAAGCCCAUGGACUCAAACGGGUUAGCAGAUCCAUAUGUGAAGCUUCAUCUGCUGCCAGGGGCUAGUAAGUCCAACAAGUUGCGUACAAAGACCCUGAGAAACACUCGAAACCCCAUGUGGAAUGAGGCGCUCACCUAUCACGGCCUAACAGAGGAGGACAUGCAACGCAAGACCCUCAGGCUCUCCGUCUGCGAUGAAGACAAGUUUGGGCACAACGAGUUUAUCGGGGAAACUCGGGUGGCACUGAAGAAGCUGAAGAUGAACCAAAAGAAGAACUUCAACGUCUGCCUAGAGAGAGUCGUACCUACCAAGAGAACCGCGACAGCCGGAGGAGCCAGAGGGAUAGCGCUCUACGAAGAUGAGCCGGGGAAAGAUGGCACGGAGGUAGAAGAGCGCGGCCGGAUUCUGAUCUCCCUCAUGUACAACUCUCAACAGAGUCGUCUCAUGGUGGGAGUCGUGCGCUGCGUUCAUUUGGCUGCUAUGGACGCUAACGGCUACUCCGACCCAUAUGUCAAAAUUUGUUUGAAACCUGAUAUGGGGAAGAAAGGCAAGUGCAAAACACAAAUCAAGAAGAGGACCUUAAACCCAGAGUUCAACGAGGAGUUUGGUUUUGAAAUCAAACACAGCGAACUGGCCAAGAAGACAUUAGACGUCUCAGUGUGGGACUACGAUAUUGGGAAGUCUAACGAUUACAUUGGUGGAUGUCAGCUGGGCAUCACUGCCAAAGGGGAGAGGCUGAAGCACUGGUACGAGUGUUUGAAGAACAAGGACAAGAGGAUCGAGCGCUGGCACACCCUGCUGAACGAGAAUCACGUUGUUAGUGAUUAAGCACAGAGCACGAGCUCACAUUUAUCCUCCCCAGUUUAUUUUUACUUCCUGCUUAAACGGAUAACAGUUCUCUGAAGUGGGGUUCUGUGGAUAAAAUCUCUACAAUUAAUAUGCACCGUGUUAUAGAUGGCUGCUUAAAUGACCUCCGUUUGGGGUAAAAGGGUUUAAUUUUGAUUGGAGUAACAAACUAAUGGCAAGUCCAAGCAGCGUUAAGACCAAAGUGGAUUUCUGGUUACUUAAAAUAACGUCAUUCUCCAAAACAUUUUAUAGAGGAUCAUGCAAACCCUUGU